AUGUCCACAGUUCCUGUACGGAGAACGUUGCGAACGACCCGCACGACCGCGAAGGAUAACGAAAACGCCCAUGCUCGUCCGUCACGAAUUUCCUCUCGCGUGAAACCCCUUUCAUCAGUUUCUCAAAACCUUGUCCCCUCGAAGGCAAAGUCCAUUAGUGACGCGAAGGAAGUCCCUGCUGGCAAGAGGAAACGCGAAGUUCUCACAGAGGUCACCUCUCUCGUCACCAACCACAUCAGCCGGCCGGUGAGGGAGAAAGGAAAGGAUGCUGCAUCGAAAAAGUUCGAUGGUGUCGUCAUCAGUAAAGCCAAACCUGCACCCCGUCAGCCACUACGAACGAUCGCCUCGACGAGGCAGAAUGUUACCGUAAAAGUUCACCACGACUUGGAGAGUGUCAAAGAGGGGCCAGAGCGAGUCGAAGUCCUUGAUGUCAACGACAUGGUUGUCGACCCGCCCGCUGUAGCCGUUCGUGCCCGCUCAACUCGGCAAAGUAGCCGUCCUUCUGUUCAGUCCAGUCGCACUCUGGUGCCCCCCGACGAUGACGCGGAAGAUCAUCGGGUCGUUAAAAGGCAAAGGACGUCGUCUGACGUGCCUGAAAUACCCAACGAUACACAGUCAGCCGAGGCAGAGACGCAGAGGGAUGAAGAUGCCGAAGCCGAUGGCUUUGAAGAUGUACAACCGUUUGAAUUCGAGGUUGAAGCUGACCCUGAUGGCAAUGAGUGGGACGACCUUGACGCUGAUGACGCUGAUGAUCCUUUGAUGGUCAGUGAGUACGUUGUUGAGAUCUUCGAACAUUUGAAGGACAUCGAGGCUUUAACAAUGCCCAAUCCGAACUACAUGCAAACGCACAAAGAACUCUCAUGGCGGAUGCGCGGAAUCCUUUUGGACUGGUUGAUUAGCGUGCAUGCUCGAUGUCGGCUCAACUCAGAGACGUUCCACCUCUGCACGAAUAUCAUGGAUCGCUUCAUGUCGCUGCGUGUCUGUUCUCUCGUAAAGUUCCAGCUAGUGGGCAUAACGUGUAUGUUCAUCGCGGCAAAGUACGAAGAGACUGUCACACCUUCUGCUUCCGAUUUUGUCUCGCUUACGGACGGCACAUACACUGAGGCACAGAUGUUUCAAGCUGAACGAUACAUCCUGAAGACGUUGGACUACAACUUGAAUCAUCCCAAUCCCAUGCAUUUCCUAAGGCGGAUAAGCAAGGCUGACGAUUUCAAUGUUCGAGUCCGUACUUUGGGGAAGUAUCUGUUAGAGAUUGGGUGCAUGGAGUGGAGAUUACUUGCAGCCCCUCCGUCGUUAUUGGCCGCUGCAGCAAUGUUGCUGGCGCGGCUAGCGUUGAACAUGGAGGAUUGGACCCCUAAUUUGGCGCAUUAUUCGACAUACUCACAGAGCGAAAUCAUACCAACGGCCAACUUGAUGUUGAACUAUAUCCUCAAGCCUGUCUGUCACGAGCAGUUCUAUAAAAAGUUCGCUCGCAAACAAAACAUGAAAGCUAGUGUAUAUCUUCGAGCGUGGGCAUUAGAGAAUUGGACGGAGGGUUCGCAGGUCGAACUGCAGGAAGUGUUGCCAGGACUGAAAGCAAAAAUCCGGGAACAGCGCGCGACGAAUGAACUUGCCAAGGAAGAGGCAAUGGUGAAUGCACAUUUACUUUCACGAAAAUCAUAA